GAAAACGGAAAGUUAUACAGAUAUAGGGAAAAGACGCAGACACAAAAAAGCACUGAAAUAAAUAAAGGGAGAAAAAAAAGUGAGGAAAAAGUAAUUGGAGGAGGAUUCUGGAGAGAGAGAGAGAGAGAGUGUGUGUUAAGAGAAGCCCAAAAAUCGGGUAUUUAAAGGCACCCAUUGCAGAACAAUUGUAGCUCUGCAAUGAUGAACUACUUACUCACUACCUAGGCUCUAACGGCCCUAUACUGUUCUUUUUUUUAUGUUUUUGGGUAUAAGAGUUACUGAAAAUUUUUAUGAGCUGUGGCCUCGUUUAUUUUUGUCUUUGCUUGCUUAUCAGACACGUUAAUUCAAGGUAUUAUAGCUAGUUAGCCUUGAAAAAGCUGCGAUUUUUAACCCCCCCUCUAUCCCAUAACUUCCUUUACCCCAUCCUACUUUCGCCUAUAUAAACUUACCCUUACUCUUCAUGCUUUGCUUACUCAUAUACCUCAAUCACCCUAAAACAAAGGUUUCGAUAUAGUCUUUCCUCUCUUUAAAUUUCUGCCUUCUUUUUUCCCUGUGGGGUUUGGUUUGGUUUGCUUAGUUAGUUGUGUCACUUCUACUGUUCCAUAAAUACAAAGUGAGAGAGAGAGAGAGAGAAAAAAAAAGAAAAAAAAAAAGAGAGAUAUUAUGGUAGCAGAGGGUGUGAUAGUUGUGAGAGAGUUGGACCUGAAGAAAGACCUUUUAGAAGUUGAAGAUUUAGAAAGGAGAUGUGAAGUGGGAAACAGUGGCAAGAUCUCACUCUUCACCGACCUCCAUGGUGACCCUAUUUCCCGGGUCCGCCACUCUCCUGCUUUCCUCAUGCUGGUAGCUGAGACGGCCAAAGAGAAAGAGAUAGUCGGCUUAAUAAGAGGUUGCAUCAAAACCGUUACAUGCGGCAAAAAGCUCUCCAGAAAUGGAAAAACCAACACCAACACCACCAUCAGCACCAACAACAACAACAACAACAACAAGGAACUUAUCAAACCCGUCCCUGUUUACACCAAACUUGCCUACAUCUUAGGCCUUCGAGUCUCUCCCUCUCACCGGAGAAUGGGAAUAGGGUUAAAGCUGGUGCGUCAAAUGGAGAAGUGGUUUGGAGAAAAUGGCGCUGAAUAUUCGUACAUGGCUACCGAGAAUGACAACCUAGCUUCGGUGAAGUUGUUCACCGACAAAUGCGGAUACUCCAAGUUCCGUACACCGUCGAUCCUAGUCAACCCCGUGUUCGCUCACCGGCUCCGGCUAUCUAGCAAAGUCACCGUUAUCAGACUCAGUCCCUCCGACGCCGAGUCACUCUACCGGAAGCGAUUCUCCACCACCGAGUUUUUCCCGCGCGACAUUGACUCGGUGCUCAACAACAGGCUGAGUCUCGGUACGUUUCUGGCCGUGCCACGUGGGAGUUACAGCGCGGACACGUGGCCCGGGUCGGACCGGUUUCUGUCCGACCCGCCUGAGUCGUGGGCGGUGGUCAGUGUGUGGAACUGUAAGGAGGUGUUUACGCUGGAAGUACGAGGCGCGUCGCGGGCGGCGCGUGCUUUUGCCAAAACGACACGGAUGGUGGACAGGGCCUUGCCGUUUUUGAAGGUACCGUCGGUGCCGGAGCUGUUUAGUCCGUUUGGGGGACAUUUUUUGUAUGGGCUUGGAGGUGAAGGCCGAAGCGCAGGGAAAAUGGUGAAGGAGCUGUGUGCACACGCGCACAACCUUGCAAAAGAACUUGGGUGUGGUGUGGUGGCCACGGAGGUAUCGAAUAGUGAACCGUUAAAAUCAGGAAUACCUCACUGGAAAUGGCUAUCGUGUGAUGAGGACUUGUGGUGUAUCAAAAGGCUUGGGGAGGACUAUAGUGACGGCUCUGUCGGUGACUGGACCAAAUCUCCACCUGGAUUGUCCAUUUUUGUCGACCCCAGAGAGGUCUAAAUCUAAUCCUAGUUAAAACAAAACCAAUAGCACAGAAAAUAGUGAGCUAGGAAAAAUAAAAAUAAAAACAAAAACAAAAACAGUACCCAAAAAAAAAAAGGUUUUUUUUUUUUGUAGGGUAAGGAUUAGGAGGAUGGAAAAAGAGAGAAUGAAGAAGAUAUGGGUUUUGUUGUAAAAAAGGGAAUAUUCAGGAAACUUUUUUUCUUUUUGAAGUUCACGCCUAACCUUCAUGGCAAGAACUUUUUUUAUUUUAUUUUUGGUUGUAAAUGGAUGUGGCUUUUUAGGUCCUCUUCGAUCAAAACGCGGCCUUAAUUUCAUGUGGGGUUGCGUUGGUAUA